UUAAGGUUAGGGUUAGGGUUAGGGUUAGGGUUAGGUUAGGUUAGGUUAGGUUAGGUUAGUUUAGGUUAGGGUUAGGGUUAAGGUUAGGGUUAGGUUAGGGUUAGGAUAGGGUUAGGUUAGGGUUAGGUUUUGGGUUAGGGUUGAGGUUAGGUCAGGUUAGGUUAGGGUUAGGUUAGGGUUAGGGUUAGGGUUAGGGUUGGGGUUAGGUCAGGGUUAGGAUAGGGUUAGGUUAGGGUUAAUGUUAAGGUUAAGGUUAAGGCUAAGGUAGGGUUAGGGUUAGGGUUAGGGUUAGGGUUAGGUUAUGGUUAGGUUUAGGGUUGGGGUUAGGUCAGGGUUAGGAUAGGAUAGGGUUAGGUUAAGGUUAAGGUUAAGGUUAAGGUUAGGGUUAGGGUUAGGGUUAGGGUUAGGGUUAGGUUUAAAAUGACUUUGUGCCAGCUAAUGACCACUCUGCAGAGCUUCUUUGAGGGCAAGAUUCAUGACAACAAAUGGCAACCUGCCAAUUUGUGUUACCCAUGUUCACAGAAAUGUUUUUAGUCUCUUUUAUACUGAAGAAACAUGGCUUUUUCUCAGUGAUAUAGGAAUCAGGUUAAAAGUAAUGACUAAAUGUUCCACCCUUAAAUAUAGUUGUGAAAUGUUAUUGUUUUAAGAAUGAUUAGUACUUUCUUAGUAGUGACUAAUUAUUACACUGAAACUGUGUGAGAUGUGUUAGAAUCUACUACCUGGUAAUGUGUGAGUGUAGGACCAGUAAAGAUUAUGACAUUGUGCUACUAUUUAGCAAUGUGAGUAAGAGUUAGGCCAGACAACAAAGGACAAGGAGAACUGUCUACAGGCAACUGAGAAACCAAGAUAACUGAGGAAUUUAGGGAGGAGAGAAACUGUUAGGCUUGUGUGUGUGUGUGUGUGUGUGUGUGUGUGUGUGUGUGUGUGUGUGUGUGUGUGUGUGUGUGUGUGUGUGUGUGUGAACUGAUGGUCAGGAGAGUAAUUAUAAAGUGGAAAACUACAGCCUGCCUACAGAGGGGAGGGAUGUUUUCUCUGACGUGUGCCUAUAAAAAUAUUGUACGACCAUUUUGUUUUAGAACGUUCUCAUGAAUAAAGCCUGAUGAUUGUAUGCUGGGCUGCUUGGUCUGAUUAUUAGAGAUUUACAACCUCUGGGAUACAGACUCAGUAAUAAGUUCAUUUUUGAAACAUUGGGAUAGAAAUUCUCAUAACACUCAGAUCUGGUGAAUUAGAGUAGUUUUAAUUAGUGGCAUUUUAUUUAGCGGAGCAGACCUCAUUCCGGCCUAGUCCAUUUUGCCCCCCCCCCCCCCAACACACACACACACACACACACAUACAUUAGACUCUGCUGAACUGAUCCAUCUGAUACAGUAGACGUGGUGUCAGCCAUCGGCAUGCCAGGCAGGGAGCAGGGCAGAGAGGGGCUUUGAUGAAUCCCAGGGGAAGUCUUCUCUCAUCAGAGAUUAAAUGGAUAGCAUCUGCCCCUCACGGCUCUGAACUGUCAGGGAGAUGUUAUUAGAAAAAAGAAAGAGAGGAGAAACAGUCAUAUUCUAAGAUGCCGAGGCCCCCCGUGAGAAAUCAAUCAUUCAUGGGAAACUUUCUCAUUGGAUGUGUCUCUCGUGUAGAUGGUGUGUCUAGGUGUGUGUGUGUGUGUGUGUGUGUGUGUGUGCGCCCAAAGUUUACACAGAAAAAAAUCCUUCUAGUUCUGAAUGAGAGCUAAAUGAUAGAGUAGUAUCUCAUCUGUUAUGGAUCAAGGCUUCUUUAGAAAUGUUACAUUAUACGUAGGGCUAAUAAAAUAUGUGCAUUACUGAGAAAAAACCAUACUUUUACAGAAGUGCAUCGUGAGCAAUGCUACAAGUCCUAAACUGUCAUUGACUGAUAGAUUUUUUAUUAUUUCAGUAAAUCUAACAUUACAUCUAACAUUACGUCUAACAUUACGUCUAACAUUACAUCUAACAUUACGUCUAACAUUACGUCUAACAUUACAUCUAACAUUACAUCUAACAUUACAUCUAACAUUACGUCUAACAUUACAUCUAACAUUACGUCUAACAUUACGUCUAACAUUACGUCUAACAUCACAUCUAACAUUACGUCUAACAUUACAUCUAACAUUACAUCUAACAUUACAUCUAACAUUACAUCUAACAUUACGUCUAACAUUACAUCUAACAUUACGUCUAACAUUACAUCUAACAUUACGUCUAAGUCGGAAGUUACAUACACCUUAGCCAAAUACAUUUAAACUCAGUUUUUCACAAUUCCUGACAUUUAAUCCUUGUAAAAAAGUAUUAUUAUUAAAUUCCCUGUUUUAGGUCAGUUAGGAUCACCACUUUAUUUUAAGAAUGUGAAAUGUCAGAAUAAUUGUAGAGAGAAUUAUUUAUUUCAGCUUUUAUUUCUUUCAUCACAUUCCCAGUGGGUCAGAAGUUUACAUACACUCAAUUAGUAUUUGGUAGCAUUGCCUUUAAAUUGUUUAACUUGGGUCAAACGUUUUAGGUAGCCUUCAACAAGCUUCCCACAAUAAGUUGGGUGAAUUUUGGCCCAUUCCUCCUGACAGAGCUGGUGUAACUGAGUCAGGUUUGUAGGCAUCCUUGCUCACACAUGCUUUUUCAGUUUUGCCCACAAAUGUUCUAUAGGAUUGAGGUCAGGGCUUUGUGAUGGCCACUCCAAUACCUUUACUUUGUUGUCCUUAAGCCAUUUUGCCACAACUUUGGAAGUAUGCUUGGGAUCAUUGUCGAUUUGGAAGACCCAUCUUCGACCAAGCUUUAACUUCCUGACUGAUGUCUUGAGAUGUUGCUUCAAUAUAUCCACAUAAUUUUCCUUCCUCAUGAUGCCAUCUAUUUUGUGAAGUGCACCAGUCCCUCCUGCAGCAAAGCACCCCCACAGCAUGAUGCUGCCACCCCCGUGCUUCACGGUUGGGAUGGUGUUCUUCGGCUUGCUAGCGUCCCCCUUUUUCCUCCAAACAUAACGAUGGUCAUGAUGGCCAAACAGUUCUAUUUUUGUUUCAUCAGACCAGAGGCCAUUUCUCCAAAAAGUACGAUCUUUGUCCCCAUGUGCAGUUGCAAACUGUAGUCUGGCUUUUUUAUGGCGGUUUAGGAACAGUGGCUUCUUCCUUGCUGAGUGGCCUUUCAGGUUAUGUCGAUAUAGGACUCGUUUUACUGUGGAUAUAGAUACUUUUGUACCUGUUUCCUUCAGCAUCUUCACAAGGUCCUCUGCUGUUGUUCUGGGAUUGAUUUGCACUUUUCGCACCAAAGUACGUUCAUCUCUAGGAGACAGAACGCGUCUCCUUUCUGAGCGGUAUGACGGCUGCAUGGUCCCAUGGUAUUUAUACAUGCAUACUAUUGUUUGAACAGAUGAACUUGUUACCUUCAGGCAUUUGGAAAUUGCUCCCAAGGAUGAACCAGACUUGUGGAGGUCUACUAAUUUUUUUCUGAGGUCUUGGCUGAUUUCUUUUGAUUUUCCCAUGAUGUCAAGCAAAGAGGCACUGAGUUUGAAGGUAGGCCUUGAAGUACAUCCACAGGUACACCUCCAAUUUCAAAUUAUGUCAAUCAGCCUAUCAGAAGCUUCUAAAGCCAUGACAUCAUUUUCUGGAAUGUUCCAAGCUGUUUAAAGGCACAGUCAACUUAGUGUAUGUAAACUUCUGACCCACUGGAAUUGUGAUACAGUGAAUUAUAAGUGAAAUAAUCUGUCUGUAAAUAAUUGUUGGAAAAAUUACUUGUGUCAUGCACAAAGUAGAUGUCCUAACUGACUUGCCAAAACUAUAGUUUGUUAUCGAGAAAUUUGUGGAGUGGUUGAAAAAUAAGUUUUAAUAUCUCCAACCUAAGUGUGUGUAAACUUCCGACUUCAACUGUAAUAGAUGUGAGCGGCAGCUCUUUCAUGUUUGUGACAGUUCUACUUGGUUACCCUCAAUAUCUUUCAUCAAAACUGCCUGGAAACAGUAACGUUGGAUGGAGAGAAGAAAUGUGGGUUAUUGAUAGCUUGCAUGUAAGAACAGGGAAUUUAAAUUUUUAUUAGAGGGGAAGAACUAGCGAACAACCUGACUAUUUAGGUAGGAGAUAUGUGAGAGCUGCCGCCAUAAUGCAAACGUUGAUUGAAAUAAGGCUUUCAUAACCUCGAAGCUAUUGUAGCGAAAUGUUUAAACCUGUGUUUACGAUGUAAAGGGACUUGCAUGUGAAUUUCACAGUUCAUUUAUGAUAUCACUAAAAUGUAUGAGUUCAGCAAUGAAUGUACAGGACGCCAGCCUAAUGAGUGUCUCUAUCUGACCAUUUGUAACUGGUGUUCAUCAUUGAGGAAGGUAUGUAGAAAAUAUUGUACAGUCUUUUACAUAAACACAAAUAGAAGCCCACAGAACUGUUUGUGGGUGGGUAGUAGCAGAGUAGAGGUCCUAUGCAAACACACUUACUCCACAUUUUUAUGCGUCCCAGCGUUGAUCCUCUCCCUCUAAUAUAAAUGUGAUCCUUGUGUGAAAAAUAUGAUUUAAUUCACCCCUCUUAAUUUAGCCCGACUGAGUAAUACAAGUAAAGCAAUUUAGAUUAGGGAUAUAGUCUGUGAAAUAUUCAAGGCCAGGAGAAUGAUUUGUGGUUAAGAAAGCAGCUCGCUGGGGUGGACCUGUUUAAGAGAAACAUCCCUUGAGGUGCUGGAUUACCAUUAAUCCUAGUAGAGCAGCUUUAAUGCCCAUAGGUCAGCGAUUGCUAAUAAGAAGUCAAUGGGACACGGGUUAAGUUAUUAUCCUUCUCUGCCUCCACUCGGCCCAAACCGACCGGGUUCCCCUGGCCAUCGACACCAGAAGUUUAGAGCGGUAUUGUCUUUGAAAUUCCAGGUACUUUUCGCUUGUACAUUUUCUCAUUAGUUCCCUUUGAACACAAGUAACAUAUGCCAAUCGUAUUUAAGAGAUUGCCUGGCAUGACCUUUCGCUGCAUGCUAAUUAGGCCCCUAAGGUCUGCUGUGCCCCGUUCAUGUGAACGGAUCGACCGGCCAGGCUUAUCAGGUAGCAAGGCGCUGACUCUGACUGGCCAGCCUCAACAGUGUGGCUUUCGAAAUGAUCAUUUCACUUCAUAUGCUUCUAAUAAUCACUGACCUCCACCAACCUGCCCCUCCACCACUCCCUUCUUUCUCAGUUCUCUUUCUCGCCUGGCUUAGUUUCCACAGGAAAUGAACAUGCCUGAAAUUACUUUGACCCAGUGCUGGUGCAGAAAACCAACCCAAGGCAGUGCGGGAUGGCGGAGGUCGACACAGAAGAUGACCUGGAAUUAA